AACACAUUCACUAUUUAUAUCCUCCCACCUUUGCUCAUCUCCCACCCCAAGCCAACAACUUUGGCUAAUCUUUUCAUUUCUUCCCCUUAAUUCUUCCUUUUAUUUUCUUUUCAGUCCUCGCUGUAUAAGAAGGAAGGUUGGAGAGGAGGAGGUUGAAGUGAAGGAGACAUGCCUUCCAUUCCUCCUCCCAAGCCGUCCACCCAAUUCCAAAUGGUGACCGCCGCGGAGCGGUGCACGGCGCACGCGCUGCCGGAGGCGGUGGCGAGGCACCACGAGCACGCGGCGGGACCGAAGCAGUGCUGCUCGGCGGUAGUGCAGGCGGUGGCGGCGCCGGUUGGCGCGGUGUGGUCGGUGGUGCGGCGCUUCGACGAGCCGCAGGCCUACAAGCACUUCGUGAAGAGCUGCCGCGUCGUGGGCGGCAACGGCGGGGUGGGCACGCUCCGGGAGGUGCGCGUCGUGUCGGGCCUGCCGGCGGCGACCAGCACCGAGCGGCUCGAGGUCCUGGACGACGAGCACCACGUGCUCAGCUUCCGGGUGGUCGGCGGCGACCACCGCCUCGCCAACUACCGGUCCGUCACCACGCUUCACCCCGCAGCGGGCGGCGGCGGCGGCACUGAGGUCGUGGAGUCGUACGUGGUGGACGUGCCGCCGGGCAACACCAGGGAGGACACGCGCGUGUUCGUCGACACCAUCGUCAAGUGCAACCUCCAAUCCCUGGCGCGCACCGCCGAAGCCCUUCACCGGCGCCACGUCGCCGCGGCGCCGACGGCGACCCCGUGAUCCACCUCCUCUUCCCUGGCCUGUCUCGUCUCUGUCUUCUUCACCUUUUGCUUAGUGUAGGAAACACAGUUGUACAGCUCAUGAAAUAAAAAUCAUAAUAUUUCUCCUCUCCACUUUUCCAUUCUUUUGUGGCAAACACAAUUCACAUAAAAAGUGGCAUUAACGUUCGACAAAUUUUUAAGAUCAUAUUAUUCACCUUAAAAAGAUGAAUUCCUUGAAAAAAUUAAUAAUAGUAAGCAAAAAACAAUUUUGAUUGAGUGUCAUUUAUUUGGAGAAAAGCAGACAAAGCUUUACCUUAAUGGCUUCCCCAAGCACAAAGUAGUAGAAUACAAAUUUUCUAUUCAAAGAUUGAGGUGUCAUCCCUUCAAAGUCAUCUGCAGCUACAUUUGAACAAAGAAAGGAGUUGUUAUUUAGUCAGUGCUCAUCUGAUGCAUGAUAAGGUUUUAAAUUCUUGCCCUAAUUUCUUUAGUCACAGGAGGUUUCAAACUUGCAUAAAAUUACAUUUACAUAUAUAUAUAUAUAUAUAUUUAAAGAUAUGUAAUGUAAUGUAAUGUAUUACUUUCCUGUGACGGGGAAUCAGCAGCUGGCUCUACCUCUGCAACUUGCUGCUGAUAACCUCAAGUUGGUGAUGGACAAGAGGCAAGUUGGGGUUCCUUUGUUUGGCCUUUGUAUCUGCCACUGUCCUUCGCUUGUCCCUCUUUUGCCUUCUUGUUGCAAUUUCUUGUGAUGCAUUAUUUCUGCUUGGUACCAGGAAAUGGGGAUGGUCUGCAACUUGUGCCUGCAAGUGGGAAUGGCUGGCUUCACUGGUUCCUAUCACCCUCUAAUUUAUGGAUUGAGCCCCCUACUCCUCGUGUACAUCAAUCACUUUCAAAGCCUUUUCUCAGAAUUGACCACACAGUGGGUCAGGUUAAAUGGUGGGUGGGUUUACAGGAAGGAAUGAAUCAAUGAAUGAAUAGUGAAUAAUACAAAGUGAAAAGGUAGUGGCUUGUUGGUCUAAAGGCGAAGUAACAUACAUACCCUGCUUUCAUUGGUGGUACAACGGUCACUAAAGAACUGUUAGAUGUGGAAGCAGUGAAUGCAGUCUCCAAUGAGGUUAAUUACUAAAAAGAAUGUGUUGUGUUGUUCUUGGAAGUGUUCUUGUUCUCCUUAUCAUCCUUCGAU